AUAAUUUCUCAGGCAAUGGAAUGGAUUUGAGGGUGAGUAGACCGAGUCCAUCGACACUUGCGGUGCCCGAAACUCGUCGGGGGUCAGCGAAGCGAGAAAUUCCGUGGGUGCUCCUCAGUAGGGGAGCCAGGAGUUCUGGGUUCUGGGUCUGGUACCUGAAGGGGGUUCCGGUGCUCGGUACAAAUGCGCUUGCGCAUUUAGCCGCACCAACAUCCGAGCUCAUAUCAGCAGGUGAAAUAAACUCGAGACUGGAUAGGAGACUUGAGAGCCAAGAGCCGAGUCAAUACAAGCAAACUAAGUCUUACAAAGUAACAUUAAGAUCGCAGAGCAAGAGUAAGAGAGCAGCCGCAGUCAGUCCGCUAUCCACGACUGACUAUAUGUACAGUGUAAUCGGUACAGCGGUAGCCAAUGAGGAUGCGAGACCUACAUACACCCUGGGCCUCAUGCUCUUCUCAAUGCACCCCACUAUCCAUGUGCCCAAGAAAUUCUCACACACUUAA